CUCCAGCCAUCCAGAAGCUACAGGUGCUCCCUCCUAAAAUCCUCAAUGGAAUUCACUCGCAGAAGCCUCCGCAGAGGCUUGAGUUCCUCCUCUCAGGGCUCUGCACUCAGCAUGAGUGGUUCCAUGUAUAGGAAGGGGGGCACACAGCACUUCGCAGCUGCACCCAGCGUCUAUGGGGGAGCUGGAGGUCAGGGCAUCCGCAUCUCGAACUCCAGACACAUGAUGAGCUAUGGGAGUGAUCUCACCAAAGGAGACCUGUUUGUUGGUGAUGGGAAGAUGACCAUGCAGAACCUAAAUGAACGCCUAGCAAGCUACCUAGAAAAAGUGCAGUCCCUGGAACAGUCCAACUCCAAACUUGAAUUGCAGAUCAAGCAGUGGUAUGAAACAAACACGCCCAGCACCAGGGACUACAGUGCAUAUUACCAACAAAUAGAAGAGCUGCAAAAUCAGAUUAAAAACGCACAACUGGAAAAUACACGUUGUGUCCUGCAAAUUGAUAAUACCAGACUGGCUGCUGAGGACUUCAAGCUGAAGUAUGAGACUGAAAGGGAGCUACGCCUAACAGUGGAGACUGAUAUCCAAGGCCUGAAUAAGGUCUUGGGUGAUCUAUCCAUAACUAGAACAGACUUGGAGAUUCAACUUAAAGAACUGAGUAAAGACCUGGAUAUCCUCAAAAAAGAACAUCAGGAGGAAGUGGACAGCCUAUACAGACACCUGGGCAAUACUGUCAGUGUAGAAUUGGAUGCUGCUCCAGGUCUGAAUCUUGGCACCACCAUGAAUGAAAUGAGGCAGAAGUAUGAAGUAAUAGCCCAGGAGAACCUUCAGAAGGCCAAAGAACAGUUUGAGAAACAGACUCAAACUCUGCAGCAACAAGUCACAGUGAGCAAUGAAGAGUUAAAAGAAAAUGAGGCUCGAAUAAAGGAGCUGAGACGCACCUACCAGAACCUGGAGAUAGAACUCCAGUCCCUCCUCAGUCUGAAAGAAACUUUGGAGCGUACACUAGAGGACACCAAAGAUCGUUACAGUGGCAAAUUGGUCACCAUCCAGGCAGUACUGGACAACCUAGAAGGCCAACUGACACAGAUUAGGACGGAAACAGAACGCCAGAGCAACGAAUACAAUAUCCUCCUUGACAUAAAAACCCUGCUUGAGCAGGAAAUUGCUACUUACCGCCACCUUCUGGAAGGAGAUGACGUCAAAAUUCCAGAACAUGCGAUAAGCAUCCCAGAGCAGAAAGAUAUAAAGAGAAAAAGGAAGAUUAUGACAGUCGUGAAAGAAGUGGUAGACGGCAAGGUUGUGUCAAGUAAAACCGAAGAGAUGGAAGAAGAUUUGUAAACAGCUACCUGGAGAUGCUGCUGAGGGUUUGAAAGAAAUGUAGCUAUAAUUUUUGCUCCCUAUAAGAAAGCAGCCAUCAGACAGCACCAUUAGUGCUUUGUGGUAAUCAGAAGGGGACAAAAGCCCAUUUAUCAGUCUCUGUAAUUGAAUAUAAAUUGUUUAACUCAGAGGAGCUGCAAAUCACCUACAAAAAUGAAAUCCAACGAGCACUAGGACAUUUAAAAUAUCAUUACCACCAUCUCUUUACGAUGAAACACAUUAAUUAUAAGUUAGAGACCACCUAAUACCAAUUCGUUAAUGUUCCUGAAAAUUACAGCACAUUUGAAUUACACUAAAUCUCACAAAGCAGAAAAAUCCCUGAAAAUUGCAAAUAAACUGCUCUCUCUAAUUUUUCCUAUUUCUGAAUUGCAAAAUCUCCUUUCAGGGGCCCUUGGAUUCUUAAAUGAGCCAAUUUCUUGGUUAAUUUCAUUGGAUUUUUGAUAUUGGUACAAUCCUGCUAGCUUUAAGUUAUAUCUGCAUUUUUUCCAUUGUCUCCGCUGUCUUUUAAAACUCAGCUCAGCUCUUCGAAUAAUUUGAGUCAGGCUCCAAACACAAAUGCUGAGCAGAAUAAGAAUGAAGCACAUUAUGCUUGAAGUGGGAGUAGAUGAAAUGUAAAAUUAGU